AAGCAAAUUAAAAAGGAUUUGUCUAUUUCAACAAGAACUUUAGCAGCAUACCUAUCAAGUAUAGAUAAUGACAUUUCAUAUAAAACAAUUGAAAGGCAUUUGGCUAUAAUGGGAUAUGUGAAAAAUGUUUCACGAAAGACCCCCAUGCUGACCAAUGACCAAAAAAGAAAGAGACAUUGGUAUAAGAAAGAUCAACAGCCAAUUCGUCUAAUUCCUAAAGACCAUACUAAAAUUAAAGUGUGGGGUGAUUUUUCAGUAAAGGGAAAAUCACGCUUAUUUUGCUUUACACAAAUUAUGAACAAGAAAUUUUAUGUUGAAAUUGUACGCAAGCACCUUCCUGAAGUAAAAAAAAUGUUUGGUAAACAUUGGCGUUGGAAACAAGAUAAUGACCCAAAACACACAAGCAAAUUUGCUAAAGCAUUUCUUUUAGAAAAU